UCAGGUACUGUCAUCAAGCUCCUCCUCACUCGUUAAUUUUUGGCUUUCGUCUUCGUCUUCGUCUUCCUUUGGUUCAAAAAGCCAUAGAUCGAUCUCACGCGUCCCCAAACCUCAGUCUCCGUUGACUACUGAGACUCGCCCACUUCUGUAAUGAUGGCCGGAGGUCUCGCUCGAUUUGUAGUUUUGAUUCUCGCCACAGCAAUUUGCGGUGCAGCUUCAGUGUUUCAGCCCAUCUCAGACUCUCACCGAUCCGCGGCUCUCGAUGUCUUCGCACCAGUCGAUGGAUCCUACAAGAGCUUGGAUGAGGCAUAUGAAGCAUUAAAGACUUUAGAGAUUCUUGGGAUUGAUAAAAAGUCUGAUCUGAGCUCAGCGACUUGUGAGAAUGUUGUUAAAGUUCUUGCGUCGCCUUCUUCUUCUACUCUAAAAGAUGUCUUCUAUGCUUUGAGUGUUAAUGGAAUUCUCAAAUGUAAAUCUGGAGAAGAUGUUCCUAAGGACAUUGUCUCUAAACUUCAAACUGGCGUUAAAGAUGCUAAGUUACUGCUUGACUUCUACUAUUCUGUCAGAGGCUUGGUGCUUGUUAAGGAGCAAUUUUCUGGAACUGAUAUAAGUCUUGGAGAUGCCGAAGCCGUUUUCCGCUCGAUUAAGGCUCUUAGUCAGAGUGAUGGAAAAUGGCGGUACAGCCCCAACAAUCCGGAAUCAAGCACCUUUGCUGCUGGCUUAGCCUUCGAAACGCUUGCUGGAGUGAUUUCAUUAGCACCUUCAGAGAUUGAUCACUCCUUGAUCCAGACUUUGAAGACGGGUAUCACGAAGCUUUUUGACAGUAUUCAAAAAUAUGACGAUGGGACAUUUUACUUCGAUGAAAGUGAAGGCCCAAUAUCAACAACUGCAUCAGUAAUUAGAGGGCUCAAGUCAUUUGCAGCUUCAGAAUCCACAGGAUUGAACCUUCCAGGUGAUAGGAUAGUUGGUUUGGCCAAGUUCUUUCUUGGUGUUGGAAUUCCUGGUGAUGCCAAAGAUUUCUUCAACCAAAUAGAUGCAUUAGCUUGUUUGGAAGACAACAGGUUCUCCGUUCCACUCAUCUUGUCUCUUCCAUCUACUGUCAUUUCGCUGACAAAGAAAGAACCUCUGAAGGUUAAAGUUAGCACUGUAUUCGGUUCUAAGGCACCAGCUCUUAGUGUGAAGCUCUCACAAGCUCUAAGUUCUGGAUCAAAGGGUUCUUCUGUAAUUAACAACCAGGAGCUUAAGUUUGACGCUGAAAGUGCAACGUACUUCUUGGAAUCCUUCCCUAAGAACUUUGAUGUUGGAAAGUAUACAUUUGUAUUUGAGAUUUUGCUAGAUGAGUCGGCAAAUGAAAAAGUAUACAUAACCGAAGCUCAAACAAAAGUGCCUAUAUCCGCCACAGGAGCUAUUACCAUUGAGAAUGCAGAAAUUGCUGUACUUGACAGUGACGUUGGGAGCGUUGAAUCUCAGAAAAAGCUAGAUUUAACUAAAGAUGAAGCAGUAUCAUUAUCAGCAAACCAUCUCCAAAAGCUGCGCCUGUCAUUACAGUUAACUACUCCACUUGGCCAUGUGUUUAAGCCACACCAGGCAUUUCUCAAGCUGAAACAUGAGUCACAGGUCGAGCAUAUCUUUCUCGUGAAAACUUCUGGAAAGAAGUCUGAAUUAGUUCUAGAUUUUCUUGGAUUGGUUGAGAAGCUUUACUACCUUUCUGGUAAAUAUGAGAUCCAGCUAACUAUUGGAGAUGCUUCCAUGGAGAACUCUUUAUUGAGUAAUAUUGGCCACAUCGAACUAGACCUACCAGAACGUCCAGAGAAGGCGGCUCGUCCUCCUCUCCAGCCUACUGAUCCUUACUCAAGAUAUGUGCCAAAAGCUGAGAUAUCACACAUCUUCAGGGUUCCAGAAAAGCUUCCCGCAAAGCAGCUUUCACUAGUUUUCUUGGGUGUUAUAGUUCUCCCAUUCAUCGGCUUCUUGAUAGGGCUUACACGGUUGGGAGUGAACAUAAAGAGCUUCCCAUCGUCUGUUGGGGCUGCAACAUCGGCUUUACUUUUCCAUGGCGGCAUUGGAGCUGUUCUGCUUCUCUACGUGCUCUUCUGGGUGAAGUUGGAUCUGUUCACGACUCUAAAGGCACUGUCUUUGCUGGGAGUGUUUCUGUUGUUCGUCGGACACAGAACACUGUCUCACCUCGCAGCAGCAUCGAACAAGCUGAAAUCUGCUUGAAGGAUAUAUAUUCAUCACUAUGAUGGAUCUUUUAUGGUUCCUGUGUCUCUACGGAGCAGUUUCGUAUUUCAGUUUUGUAGCAGUUAACUUAUAUAGAUUAUGGUAAUAAGACAAUUCCAAAAGAUUACAGAGUUUCAGUUUAGUCUUAAAAAGUGAUCAAGAAGAGUUCCUUUCCUUA